AUGCCUGUCGAACUCAAGGACCGUUCUUCUUCCUCCUCUCCCUCCUCGCCCGGCCCGCGGGUUCUGUAUUGGUUCCGAACGGACCUACGGCUCGAUGACUCGCCUGCCCUGACGACAGCCUUGUCAUUGAACCCGUCGGCGUUGAUCCCGCUGUGGACAUGGGACCCGCAUUACAUAUACGCAUCGACAAGCGGACAGGGGCUGGGCCAGCGACUGGGCCAGCGACAGCGCGGGUGCGUGAACCGCUGGGCAUUCCUGGUCGCAUGCAUGAACGACGUGUCGGCGUCGCUGACGAAACUCAACCCGAAGCAGAAGCUGCACGUGGUGCGUGCGGCGCCGGCCGCGAUCAUGGACGCAUUGUUGCGCAAGUGGAAGAUCGACGUCCUGGUGUUCGAGAAGGACACCGACGCCUAUGCGCGCACCCGAGACGCCCACGUCACCCGCAUUGCCGAGGGUCUCGGAGUCAAGGUCGUCGCCGUGGCCGGUCGCACGCUGUUCGACAGUGACGACGUCGUCCGGCACAACGGCGGCAAGCCGACCUUGACCAUGGCCCAGCUCGUCAAGGCGGCAGGCAAGAUCGGCGACGGGAAGCCGAUGCGUCCGCUGGAUGCGCCGACAAUCUUGCCGGAUCCUCUCGAUUGGGCCGAGAUGAAUCUGGAUGGCCUUGUGCUGCAUGAGGUCAAUGACGCACCUUCGGUCAGCUGCGACUUGAAAGCCGCCGUGGACGAAAACGAGAACGAGACCGAGCACGAGACCGAGCACGAGACCGAGCACGAGAACGAGAACGAGAGCGAAAAAAAGACACAGACCAAGACAAACGUUCAGGCUCACCCAGACAUGUCCACUGCGCGCUCGGGUAUGGAUUCCAAUGCAGCCCAACAUCUAGACAUUCCCCCUAAAUCUUCUCCCCUCAAAGCCUCUCCCAGGUCGCUGUCGUUCCCUGGGAUGGGCCUCAGCGACAGACAGUUCUCGGCAGGCCUGAUGGGGCCGGAGGGGACGUUUUCGAUCCCGACGCUGGAGGAAAUGGGCGUGGUUGGCCCUCAGCUUCACCGUGACGCCGACACCGACACUGACGCAACCAGCACUAUCAGCAGUGGUACAGGCAGUGGCAACGGUGGCAACACAACGUCAACGACCCAGUCAUUGUAUCGCCAGGGUGGUGAAACCGCGGGCCUCGCUCUCCUGGCGGCCCAUGUCACGGACGAAACGUACAUAGCGACGUUCGAAAAGCCCGCCACAGCGCCCACGGCGUUCGACCGGCCCGCGACAACCCUGCUCAGCCCGCACAUGCAUUUCGGCAGCGUCUCGGUGCGGCGGUUCUGGUGGGCGGUCCAGGACGUGCUGGAGCGCCGACGCCUCGCCAAGCAACCCGUCAGUCCUCACCCGGUCAAUCUGCCGGGCCAGCUGCUGUUUCGAGACAUGUACUUCGCGGCGUAUGCUGCCGUGGGCGCGUCGUUCGGCCAGGCGGUAGGGAAUCCCGUGGCCAGGUUUGUCCCGUGGGCGUUGCUGUCGAAGUAUCCGGGGAUCCCUGCCACUGGAUCUCUACGCGAUGAUGGCGAGCCCGAGCCCGAGUCCCGCUACAUGGUCGACGACCCGCAAGCGGAAGAAUACUUCCAGCGCUGGAAAUACGGGUGUACAGGCUUCCCGUGGAUCGACGCGCUCAUGCGCCAGCUCCGGCAGGAAGGCUGGAUCCACCACCUGGGCCGGCACGCCGUGGCAUGCUUCCUGACCCGCGGCGGCUGCUAUGUCUCGUGGGAGCGCGGCGCCGAGGUGUUUGAGGAGUGGCUGCUCGACCACGAGGUCGCGUGCAACGCCGGCAACUGGAUGUGGCUGAGCUGCUCCGCCUUCUUCUCCCAGUUCCACCGCGUCUAUUCGCCCGUCAGUUUCCCCAAGAAGUGGGAUCGCCGUGGCGAAUUCGUCAGGCGCUAUGUGCCUGAACUCGCGGGCUUUGAUGACCAGUUCAUCUACGAGCCGCACAAGGCGCCAAUAGCCGACCAGAAGCGGUGGGGGUGUCUGGUCAAGAGUGAUGGGUAUGGACUUGAACAUUAUGCUGCCUCGACCUCGACGACUGGGUAUGGUACGGGCAAUGGAGCUGGUGCCAGGGCGAUGAUGGACAGCAACAGCAGUGGUGGUGCCGGCAGUGACAAAAGUCAUCCUACUCCCCCUGGCCAGAGGCUCUACCCGAAGCCCAUGUUCGAUUUCAGCCAGCGCAGGCAGUUCUGCCUAGACAAGAUGAAGCAGGCGUACGAGGUCGGCCUGUACGGCGACGACGAGAGGGUGCUGAGCGGCGAGUGGAGGAGCUUGUUUGGGCUCGAGGAGCAACAGGGCAAGGAGGCGGAUGGCAAGUCCGUGUCGUCCGACGCAGACUUAGGGUUUCGCGGUGUGAAGCGCCAGCGAAGCGGAGUCAAAUCGGCGCUGCUGGAUGGCAAGCAACGCAGAUUGGAGACUGUUGGCGCUGAUAUGGUACAUGAGCAGCACGGUUCUAGUCAAACCGAUCAGAGCCCAGGAGACCAAGAUCAAGACCGACACUGA